UUAUUAGGUACACCCAGGGGGCGGACUGACCAUUCAAGCACUCGGGCACUGCCUGAGGACCCAGGGUCAGUCAGGAACCCCAUGAAAUGCCCCUGUUACCUUUUUGUAGGCUUUUUUGGGUGUACUUUGAGUGUGGGCAAGGACACGGGCCCCAUGAUCCCCUAUUGCCCUGGGGCCCCAUAAGUUGUCAGUCCGCCCCUGGGUACACCUUUUCAAUUGCUUGGAUUGGCCUCUUGUGAUAAAAGAUAG